UGAAAAUAUGUCCCUGGUCUGUUUUUAUUUAAAAUGUCAAACUACAGUUACAGUCCACACGAUUUUCAACCAUCACUGAACAUGUGACCUUUUCAACAAGAAAGGACAAGCAAUAAUCACAGAUGGUUAUCAACACUUGAAAUAAAAAGGGGUGGAUUGUCACUCGAGCAACUAAUUCGUAAUGUACGUGUAGUUGGCGUCAAAUGCUGAAACAGUUUAUAUAUUACUUUAAUCGAAAGGAACUCCGUGAAAAUACACAGUAUCGUCAGUUAUGAACAUUCUAGCUAUAUGAAUGCAGAUCUACGUGUAGGUGACUUGAGUUUCAAGCUUUACAUACUUAACUGAACUACUUAUUUUUUAGUUUUCAUCUGCACGUUGCAUUUGAAAAACACUCGAUGAGGACAAACACGAAGAUGGCGAACUACACAAACAGCAGUAGUACAGAAACAGUUGGAGGUGCGUGACUCACACCGCCUUGUGUCAUCAAGACGGCGGGGGAAUUCACCGCUUGAGCCCAACCGCCGGAGAAGCUUAAGUAGACACAAGGGCAGGAGGAAAAAUUUCAGUAUGUCUCAGCGCGUUCCCUUAGCCAGUACCAAAAAAGCGCUGUCCGUGGAUAGCGGACUCAGAGGAGGCGGUAAACAACCCAAUCGGCGUGAUGUUGCGGAUCGGACACGUUCUGUAGACAGCACAAUAAAUAAAAAGGCGACUCUUGAUCCACUUUCAACCAAAUCGGCACGUACCACCACUGCACCGGUUGUUGUAUCGGCAGACGAGGAAGCCACCAUGCCAGUAGCAUCAGUUGGUUCAGCAGAUUCAUUAUCAGGAAUUUCGAACACUGCAUCCCACAACAACGGCAACGCCAGUGAUCACCAAAGUCAUGAAGAGGCAGACAGCAUCAUUGGCGACAUGACCGACUCCAGCAAGAUGAAGAUGAGGACCUCGCUGGCUUCCAUCCCCAGGGAUAGGCGGAGCAAGAUGUUGGACACCCACCCGGUAAUCAUGAAGGGGUGGGACGUAGUGGAUGGAGCGGGAGGCGGUGGCGGGUCAUCGGGAGGCGGAGGCACCACCAAGGCAGUCUUCAAGAUGAAAUACUAUGGCAAUGUGCAAUUGGACCGACGCAUUACCCAGCCCAUGCUUCCGUGGAUCAUAGCCAACAAGCGGCGCCAGGCAGGGAACGGACAAAACCUCAUCCUUCAAGUCUCCUCCAGGGGUGCGAUUGGCAUCUCGGAGAGCAAAGGAUCCAUUGUCUUUGAGCAUCUGCCCCAGAGCAUCACACGAUUCUCCAGGGGACACAACAAGAAGUGUUUUGCUUAUUUAUGGAGACCCGACAGUGAAUCAAGUUUCCACUGCUUUGUCUUUGAAACAUCAGAUCCAGAAGUUGUUCAUCAGAUUGCAAGCUCUGUGCGUGAUGCAUCAAAGGAGGCAGUGAAAUAUGACGUCUUCAGCAAAGAAGAAAAAGCUGGUGUGGAGGCAAUUGAGAACCUGCGAAUCAACAACGCCACGAUGUUUGAGGUCAUGUACUGCGGUCGCGUGACUGUCACCCACAAGCGUGCCCCGCCCACCCUCAUCGAUGACACCAUCGAGAAGUUUAACGUGCACGAAAUGGAGACGCGCAAGAAGAGACUGGGGACCCGCAAGCGCCACUUCUCCUUCGGGGAUCAGAACGGGACAUCACCGGUUGGCGAACCCCCUGAGGGUUCGACGGAGUCGGACAGGUUGAGCUCUGAGGAUACCACGUCUUCGGUCAGCUCAGAUUCCCUGGUGUCCUCCCCUCCUAAUGUCCUGGACACCGAUGGAGACACGGCCAGCAAUAGCAGCCGAGCCAGCCAGCAAGACACCCAGCUCUCCCCCGUAGCCAGGGACCGGGUGUCAUCAGCCGGGGCGGCCGUGCUGAAACACCACAACGUGGGGCACACCGACUCAACGUCGUCGACUGCUUCCAUCUCAUCAACCGCAGCAAACGGCGAGAGUGUGACGAGCGGCCACAAUCGAACGAUGCUGUUCCAGAUAGGCAAGUCCAUGUUGACACUGAUCAGCCCAGACAAAAAAUCGUUUAUGCUGACGAAGAAGUUUAACGAAAUAUCGUUCUGCUCCCAGGGCAUCAAACAGCCAGAGUUCUUUGGCUUCAUCUGCCGGGAGAAGACGUCCUCAUCUAGCUACAUGUGUUAUGUCUUCAAGUGCCAGUCUGAACCAGUUGUGGACAGCAUCAUGACCACACUCAGACAGUCCUUCAACGUGGCUUUACAGAAGAGCAAACUGCAUGUGAUAUGCGGAACGUGCCCCAUGCACCAACUGCACAAGCUCUGCCAGACUAUUGAAGGCCAACCCCCAGAGAAGGCGCACACUGUUUUGCUUAAGCAGCUGGAUACUCUGAGUGAUUCUGAACGCAUUGCCGUGAUAACCAAAACAAAGGAGGCCAAGGCAACCAGUGCUCAGGAAGCCAAUGAGAUUAUCAUGAGCCAGCUGAUAGCAAUCUGUGAGCAGCAGCAGAACUCCCACAUCCACAACAGCGACACAGAGGCUGGAGGGGAACCCCCCUCCUCGAGUCCCAUGCAGGAGCGAAAAUUGCCCAGCAAGGGCUCAUGUACGGAAACAGCGGAGGGCAAGGUCGGUGCAUUCAAGAAGGCCAAGAAAUCACUGGCCUCCUCCUUUGAGAAUCUGCUGUCCAGAAAGAAAAAAAAUUCCACGGAGGAGCCAGGAAGCUUUGCAAACUCGGGCUACAGGAGCAGACAAGGCACCAUGGACUCUGUCAAUAGUGAUUCGUCACUUAAAGAAUCACCCCGGGAUUCUCCUAUCCCCAUGGCUGGCACCAGCUCCACCCAGCCCAACCCACCCAUCCCCAUUGUCACCUCCUCGACCCCCAACGCCGCUGCCACCACGCCACCCUCCAAGCCCAUUGUGGUGGACAUCCCCACCCCGCCCCCGAGUGAGGACAAGCCCAGCCGGCCCAGCCCCAUCCUCUGCAAGCAGGACAGCCUGCCGGAGCCCAUGUUCUCGCCCACUGUCCGGCCCCGCAGCAAGACCCUGGGUGACACCCCCUCGCCCUCGCCCAAGACUCCGCCCCCAGACAGCCGCUUUCAGUACAUGAACACCAACAGCGUCGCCAACCAGGUGAACCAGAAGCCAACGCAGAUGCAGAAGAUGCCUCUUGGAAGAACCACCAGUGCAUUCUAUGAUGACAGGCCACGCACCCUGUCCCUGAGCCCAUUCAGCCCCCACCCAGCGGCAUCCAUGGGGCGCCGAAUGUCUUGGAGGCAACAGAUUUUCAACCGAGUGGUCACGCCCAUCGCAGAAUCCAAACUUGGCCAAGAAUUACCAGAAGAGGAUUCAGAAGAUGUCUUUGAAGGAGACGGCAUUCCGAAGAUCCGAGGUCUGGAAAGACAGGAAAGCCUGACCCGGCCUAAGCGGUUCGCCACGAAGGAACAGAUCCGGGAACUCUGGCGGAAAGCCAUCCGUGAGCAGAUCCUGCUGAUCCGCAUGGACAAGGAGAAUAGGAACCUGCAAGCACGCCAAGAUGCGGCCCAAGAGAAGCGCAUCAAGCUGGACUACGAGGAGAUCACGCCCUGCCUCAAGGAGGUGACAGUGACGUGGGAGAAGAUCCUGAGCAGGCCCAAUCGCAGCAGCAUCCGACUGAGCAAAGAGGAGGUCAACGACACCUUCAAGCAAGGCAUUCCCAAGACCAGGCGAGGGGAGAUCUGGCAGUUCAUCUGUGAGCAGCAGAAACUCAAUGGCCUGACCAACGGCAACGUCCCCCAGCACGAGCCCUACAAGGAACUGCUGAAGGAGCUCACCAUACACCAGCACGCUAUCCUCAUUGACUUGGGGCGGACUUUUCCCACUCAUCCCUACUUUGCCAACCCACUCGGCCGUGGCCAACUGUCGCUCUUCAACCUUCUCAAGGCCUACUCCUUGCUGGACACGGAUGUGGGCUACUGCCAAGGGCUCAGCUUUGUCGCAGGGGUCUUGCUGAUGCAUAUGGACGAAGAGCAGUCGUUUGAAAUGCUGGUGUUUCUGAUGUACUCUCUGGGCUUCCGUAGGCAAUACAAGCCGGACAUGAUAGCACUUCAGAUCCAGAUGUACCAGUUGUCUCGUCUCCUCCAUGAUUUCCAUAAGCGUCUCUACGACCAUCUUGAGCAGAACGAGAUCAGCCCGUCCCUCUAUGCUGCUCCCUGGUUUCUCACUCUGUUUGCCUCACAGUUUCCCCUGGGGUUUGUGGCCAAGGUUUUUGACCUGAUCUUCCUGCAAGGGUUUGAUGUGAUCUUCAAAGUGGCUCUGAUCGUCCUGGGCAGUCACGAGGAGCUGUUGCUGCACUGCGAUGGCUUUGAGGCCAUCAUAGAGUUCCUGAAGGACACGCUGCCGACACUGGGAAUCAUCCAGAUGGAGAACGUCAUCAAUAAGGCAUACCAACUAGACAUAUCCAAGGAGCUGCACGCCUACGAGGUGGAGUACCACAUGCUGCAGGAGGAGAUGGCGCCCUCGCCUGUCCACCAGCGCACUCAGCCCCCGACGACCGACAUCCAUAAGCUGGAGACGGCCAACCGCAACCUGCGGCGGCACAACAGUGAGCUGCUGGAGCAGCUGCAGUCGGCACACACCACCAUCCACAGCCAGGAGGCCACCAUACACAACCUGAGGAAAAAUGAGGAUAAGUUGAAGUCGGAGGUGCGGGCCCUGAACCUAGAGCGAUCUGCACUCCUGAACACCGUAGCCAAGCUGCGCAGUCUCCUGCCCAAGGAUGUGGUCCUGGAGGACGCGGGCAUCAACUUCACCCCCUCCUCCUCUGCCUCCUUCCUCUCGGGGAGCUCCUUUGACGACAAGGAUGCGGCCUCGCCCAUGGACCAGAAGGCAGACAGUGGGACGGGCAACCUUUCGGGCUCGCAGACCUGCUCACCGGACGAGACGGACACGGAGGUGGCCUCCAUCAACAGCACGCCAAAGGGGACAUGGGGACGUAACCACAGCAACGGGAGUUCCGGGAGCGAAAUCAGCACCAGUACCAGUAGCGACAUGGACGGGCCAAGUUACAACCAGUUGAGCUCAAACUGAUUUCCUUCAAAAUAAAUUCUGAAUUUUCGUUUUCAAAUGACAUUCUAAUAUGAACCAUGGCAGUGGAAGCUCAGGGAACAAGAUCAGAAGUAGCACUGGCAGCAAAAUGGAUCGAAUUUCAGUUACAACAUUGUGUUCAUGAUUCCCUUGGAGAAAAUUCCAUUUCUUUUUUCAGUAUUAAAUUUUGUGCAUCUUCCAAGCUAGUCUUAAUUAAAGGAGCAUUCAAAAUGCUAAAGUACAAGGGAAAUAAAAUAGCAAUGGCUUUCCUUUCAUUUGAAAUGCACAACUUGGAUGUUAAAUUACCAAUAUUUCUCUAUCUAGUUCGUAAAGAAAGAAUAACAGUCAUCUCAAAGAUAAAUUUCAGUGAGACCCACACAGUGCAACUGUAUGUUUUAUUAUGACAAAUAGGAACAUUAGUUAUUUUGGUGAGUGAGAUGUUACAUGAAGUUUGGUCAAUCUUUUCAACCACUGUGAAGGUUAAGUAAUGAUUUAGCAAUCAGUUAGUGGUAACCUGUGGAUGGACAAUCAGGUAGAUGAAAUCAAAUACAAAUGUAUUGUGUCGCAGCAUUCUACUGAAUAAUACGAUGAGAAUCCUAUCGGUGUUACUCAAAGUGUUUUUUAAGUUGAAUUACACCAAAAUGUGUCGUUAGAGACAUUUGUUCUCCAGAUAGCAGUAUGUUUUGAUCUGUUUUCCCAGUGUCAUUGACGAACAGUGGUUGCUCCAUGCAAUGCACAUCUGCCCUGUACACAAGUGCUGAGUCUCUAGGUACUAAUGGAAUAGAUGGGGCAUUGGCAGAUCCGGUGAAGGAGGUCAUGUCUCGCCCCCACCAGAGGCACCAGAUUUUUUGGGGGGGCGGGUCUAAAAACAGUGAGAGAGAAGACGGUUCCUUUCAACCAUUUCAUGCCCUUUUCUCCCCGGAAAUGUUUGUCCCCCAGCUCCAGCUGUUUUGCCGGUCUUAAACUGUAGUCAGGCUUGUGAGGUACCAUUUCUUCAGCGUCUUAACUUCUCUCCCCAAGGUUGUGGGAAAAAGCCCCCAGAAUUGAGCACCACCCUGCAAGCCAUAAUAAAGCUUAGAUAAAACCCCACAAAAUUUGGGCAUUCCCCCCAAAAAAGUCUAACUCACCUGGUAUUCAUUUGUUUUAGCGUCUCCAUGUACUCACAUGUGUUUAUUAGUAGUUUUAUUUAUUAUUAUUAUUAUUGAUUUUUGUUUUGAAGAUUACCAAGGUGGUAAUGUGAUACAGCAAAUGAGCUUCCAAAUAAGGUACUGGUAUAAACAUUAACAAGUUCAUUACUAAUUUGCUCAAAACAUUCUCUCAAAUUGUUAGAGUAGAUUUUAUUAGAUUGUAUUUAUUGAUUAAUUACAGUCCAGUAAUUUUUCACAGUGAUUUUUGUUCGUAAUUCUACUGCCAAAAGCAAGUUGUUUUAAAAAACACUGGAAACAAUAAUUUAAAGUGUUGAUGUAAAAAAAAUGAAUUGCACAUCAGUGUUUGUAUAAAUUGUAUCAAUUGUACAGUAACCAAAGUAAGUAUAAGUACAUAAUGGUAAAUAAGCAAAUAAGAGUUUAUCCCUUGCCAAUUUUUUUGUAUCAAGUGAAAUUUUUGGGCAAAUACACUGUGAAGAGUUGGAACAGAAACGGCAUAUGGAAUAUUCUACGAGCCGCCAUUAUGAUAUUAUUGUGAGAAGGUAUAAGUCAGCAUUACACGUAUCAAGUUACCAUGGCAUUUUUUCUGUAUACAUUUUUUCAAGAUCAGCUGGGCCAAUUUAAAGUUGAAUUUGUGUACAAAAUGAUUGUGUGAAUCUGGAAGAUGUGACUGUAAAAGGUCUUGAAAGUAGGUCAAAAGCGAUCAAGCAAAAUAUUCGAUACAUGGUGGGAUACCCUCCCCUCCCUCCAAAAAAUGUAGAAGAAAUGUUCAAAAAGUAAAAUUCAGUUUUCUUUUCAGAAAAGGGUUAUUCAUCUACAAAAUUGUUAAUCAGUUAAUUGCAUGCAGUAUUUAAUACCCAUUUCAUAAAAAUUCCUUGUUCUUAAAAUAUGUCAUUUAAAAGCCAUCAAAGAAAGGGAACUUACGUUUUUCUUGCAAUUAGCAGUACUUACAAGCAAAAAAUCAAAUUAAACCCAAAGAUUUGCAUGAAACAAUAAAUUACAUUUCGCAGAUAUCUGUAUGUUAUUGUUGAAGUGGAACUAUUUUAGAUAUGUUUGUCAUAGUGGUCUGAAGUGUAAGCUAACCCCAAUAGCCACCGUGCUUAUUUGGCGUGUUUGUUUAUGAAUGUCCAUGACAACGAAAAGAUGUGGACUGAAAUUUCACUCGUAGCUGUUCUCCGUUGAAGUGGAAAGAAGUUUUGUGUUGUGAAAAAUGUCAAAGCAGCUUAGCACACCAUAAACCAUUUUUCCUCGGGCUUUAUCCAGCGAAUAAAUGCAGCAGUCAACACCAUACAGUUGGCUAGAAAAUCCACAUUGAUCUAGAGGCCUUUGAGAUAAUGUGUACAUAAGGAGUAUUUAUUUUGAUAGCGAUUUCUUUACGUUUUACACUUUGAUUUGUGCUAAGUAAUCAUGGCUGGAUCCAUAUUGAUUUAACUUGAGAAUCGAGAUAUUUGAUGUGUAGAUUUGGACGUAAUAGCUUUAUUUUCUACUUAACCAAGGUUCCUGUAAUCUACAUUACAUGUUUUGUUUUAAAAGUGUUGCUUUUAAGUUGAUUGAACAUGAUUUCAGGAAUGUAUAUUUCAUUCAAAGCAGGAAAAGCACCCUUUUUAAAUGAAUUUUUUAUUACCUAAAUCUAAAGGAAACUCAUAACAUUUAGACCAAACUAAUGUAUUUGCAUAAUUGCAAACACAAAAAAAUACACUUUGAAAGGAAGUUUUGAAUCAUUCAAUUAGAUAUGCAGUCUUUGAAAUUCAGUUUCAAUACUUCUGAAUGUACACGUACCCCUUGGCCUGUGGGGGAGGGGGCGCUCAGGGGGAUGCCCCCCCCCUCAGAGAGCAGCUUUCCCCUCACUCCCCGUCAGCAAAACAAUGAGCAUCAAAAUUAUCUAUUGUUCAUGUGAUGUGCCCUCCCCUCCUGCGAUGGUACUUGGCCCCGUCCCCAAUACUUGAAGAUGGGCAUAGGACCAUUACCCCCCACCCACCCCCAAUAAUGAAAAUAACUUUUUAAACUGAAUUUGAAACGAAGACAAAAAAGAGUGCAUUGUGUGGUUAGUGUUUUGGGUUGAGAAAUUGGAUUGUUUUUAAUUUCUUUGCUGGGGAAAACCACACGGGAUUCUUUUGGUAACACCAUUAUAAUGUUUGGUUGUAGAUUGCAUUAGUGAAAUUUUUAUAAAGCCCAGUCAACAGGAUUGCACAAGAUCAGUAUACCUCAGAUUGGCGCUUAGUAAUAUUAUUAUUAAAGCCGUUACUUUCUGUUAUGGCCAUUAUAUAUUUAUUUUCUGUAUUAAACAGUUGAAAACGAAAGUCCUGCUUCAUUUGCCAAUAGUGUGAUGAAAGCAAAACGGAACUAAUUCUAGUUUGCAGGAGUAAGUGCUCAUUUGCACGAUGCUGCUCAAAUUGUGAUGGACUGUUGGAAAACGGAAAGCAAAGUGAGUUCCUUUUAUGGAAAAAUAAUGGUAUUUUAUGGCUAAAUGUAAGAAUGGACUUUUUCCUUUGAAAGAACUUAAGUAAGUUCUGAAGGAACUUGCCCUCAUGUGCAACCAGUGAAGAUGUUCCAUUUUAUUUGCAAUAACCAUUAUUUUGCAUUGUACUUGCAAUAAUCAUCAUAAGGUGUGUUCGAGUAGCUUCCAUUGGUUAACCUAGGUUCAACCUCUUCCCCACAGUUUUGCUUGUUUGACACGCAGAACACAGCCAUCCCAAGGUCAGGGUUGCCCCUUGGAAGCUACUUAUAAAUACAUCCCAUGUGUAUGCCACGUUGUCGUUACAUUGCCCACCUGAACGAAAUAAUGUGGCUAAACUUUGUUCAACACCGAGAUGGAAUGCUCUAAAAUGUUAUUGCUAGAAAGAAACUGAAAUAAAAUUACAAAUAACCAGAGUUGCAUACUAUUAUAAGUCAAAUCACAAGCCAACACUAAGUUAAAUCACAAGUCAACACUAAUUCAAAUCACAAGUCAACAGUUAGGCAAAUCACAAGUCAACAGUAAGGCAAAUCACAAGUCAACAGUUAGGCAAAUCACAAGUCAACACAAUGUCAAAUCACAAGUCAACACUAAUUCAAAUCACAAGUCAACAGUAAGGCAAAUUACAAGUCAAUUGUCAGUUGCAUGUCAGACCUUAGUUAAGCACAAGUCUGCCAUAAGUCUGUCCUGUCAGAUCACAAGUUAAUCACAAGCCCGUCACAAGUCAGUCAUAAAUUAUUCACAUGUCAAUAAUAAAUCAUUCAAAUGUCAAUUAAAAGUCUCAUGCAAGUUAGGUCAAAACACAGGUCAUCCAUAAAGUUUGACAAAUGUCAAUUGUGACAAAUCACAUGUCAAAUUGAAAGUUGCAUGCAUUGGCUCUGUAUGUAACUGUAAAUUGUUUACUUUGAUACUGGUUUGUCUGUGACAUUCUGGUGCCCGUUGACAAGGGAAGAAUGGACUAUGACUCGGCAAUUAACCUGGAUAAAAUGCAUCAUGCAUUCCAUCACUGUGUUCCUUUCACUGAAAAACACUCAGGUGACACCAACAGCAUCUAAAAAAUGUUCAUUUUUUUUUAAUUUGAUUUUUAGAUACAUUCCAGGGACGUUUGCACUGCUUUCAUCGUGCCAAAGUUUACAGUGGGCAUUCCAUGUAAAAUAAAACUAUAACAAAUCAAAUGCAUGUUUCAAAUCGAAAUAAAAGGAAAUGUAUAUGUUGAAACAAAUUAGAUUAAUAAAUUUGCCUGAUGCUGUA